CGUCCUUAUCAAUGUCCGUUUUGUCCAAAAGCCUUCUUUCGCUUGGAGCAUUCGAAUCGUCACAUUCGCACGCAUACUGGUGAAAAGGCUCACGCCUGCAAAUUUCCCGGCUGUACGAAACGGUUCUCACGUAGUGACGAACUAACACGACAUUCGCGGAUUCAC